GAAGUGAAAAUUUACUUUUGGAAUCACGCGGCAUUUUUAUGCUUGACGUAUUCUCGAAAUUUGUGACCUAGCGGUUCGCAGAAAUGCUUUAAGACAAUGCUGGCUGCUGUGGUGAUGUUUGACUUUGGAUCGUGAUUUGACGAGUUAUUUUACAUGUUAAAUAAGAGUUUAUUAACGUUUGGAUAGAAUUACUUGAAGGUUUAGAGGUCGACAAGAGCUUGUGAUUUAUAUAGUUGGUCUGCACAAGUACUGUUAUUCUGUUAGACGUCGCAAAAGAGGAACCAUGAGUGAGGAUAAUUUAAGUAGAAUUGAGACGAUGACAACCAAUAGUGAUGAAGACGCCUCUGUUUCCUCGCUUGACGCGAUUUCCAUUCAAGCAAAUGGUGCCGUCAAUUUGCUGUUGAUCGAUCCGUUAAAUGAAUCAACUAUUCCUGGCAACGGUUUCUGGAAAGCGAUUUUAUCCAUUGGGAACGAGCAUUGCGCAGCUAUAUGUGAAGCAUUUCAUGGCUCGUGCCUUUCAAAGAUCAAAGGAUUUUUACUGUGCAUUUUAUUUCCAUUUUCUAUCAUUUUAACGCCAUUUAAACGUUCACGCAAUCGAAAGAGCAAGAUGUCAAAUAUUGCAAUUGUGUACUUCUAUGUAAUCAUGGCAUCCACGAUUGUCUUAAAUUUAUGGGUGCAACAAGGGCAACAUAAUGAAUUGAUGGCAAAAAAAUUUCCAUAUCAGUUUGUGCAGUACUUUGAAGCUGUUAUAAUGGUUCUAACGUUGAUUGCCAUGUUAUGCAUUGCAUAUGAGACGUACGGUCAGGUAGAGUGGAGAAUUCACGAGCGGCGUCUUGUUUUAUAUUUUCGAACGGGUUUGUAUGUUUUUGGUAUAUCAAGUAUGGUUUACUCCUCUUUAAUUAUAUACAAUACUUGGAGUUGCGACGAAGGCCUUGUUUUGUUUGUUAAUUUAUCGAAGUUUAUCUUCAUCGCUGGCCAAAUACUGUUCCUUAAUUACUUCUACCAAGCUAAAUUGCCGCCAUCUUCUGGACGGAUGUAUCAGUUAAGUCUUGCGCAUAUCAUGGCCACUAACCUAAGUUUGUGGAUUUGGAUUGUUUGUAAAGAAGUGUACGAUCCGUAUGAUGAAUCGAGAAAGUCUAAAAAGCUGAUGUACUGCCAGGCAAUUAAUUUAAACAAUACUGAAAAAUAUUUCUAUCCAUUAUUCAUUGAGUAUCUACUCAUGGUUGCGGGAAUGAUGUAUGAACUGUGGUCGGACAUGAAAACGCCUUACCAGACUAAACGACGUGCGAUACGUCUUCGUCACACCGAAGAGAAUCACGAUAGAGAAUCUGUAACAGACUCAAACGAUCCUGUUCGGCUAAUAUCAUCUGGACGACGUCACAGAUGGACUUCAGGUCUUGGUUUGACUUUUAUGAUUGCUGUCGUUCUCUGUUGCGUAUUUGUAUCUUUCCUCUUAGCCUCUGCAGAUUCCGCUGACCAUGACAAGAAGUGGUAUCUCUAUUACAUAUGGGCCAACAUUGUUAUUUACAUCUCCCAAAUUGCUUCUUGCUAUGCCAUCAAGGUUUGCAGUCAAUCGCAACCUUUUAACAGUAAGCGAACAAAACUCAAUCUUGACGACAGUCUUCUUUACUUUGGUUUGGCUGGUAUCGUUGUUUGGAAUGGAUUUCAUUUUUACCGUUUAGCUCUUCAUGCAGACACAGAUAUUGAAGCAGUCGAAGUGUUUAACAAUGUACUCGCAAUUUUUGAAGAUUUUGCACAGACAGUUAUUCUGGUCAGUGUCCGCCGUCUGUCAAGUAAAGAAGAUGGGAACGCACAGACCAUUAAAAACAUGUCGCUGUUUUUGCUUGCAACAAAUUUAACAUUUUGGUUUCAAAAUUCUUUUUACAUUGAAAAGGAGCUAAAUAAUCCCGGCGAAAAUUCUAGUGAUCUUUUGAAUACAUAUGCUGAUAUUCUUAAUCCACUUAUAAUAUUUUUUCGCUUUCAUUCAGCAACAUGCUGUUACCAAAUGUGGGUUAUUUUUAGCAGUCCGUGACUACAUGAGAUUAUGGGAAUAGAUGGAACGCCUGAAAAUAAUAAAAUAGACGUUUUGGAAAAAGUACGAACGUCUAAACUUUACAAAACAUUAGUAAGUAUGUAAAAAUGCUAAAAAAUUACUAAUUAUUACUUUGGGAGGCAUCGUAAUUACAAAAAAGUUUCGUUCAA